GAACCCUUACGAAGGGGGCGUGGGAAAGAGCGUUAGCGGGGGAAGCUGGGAAAUUCCCGUCCUCCGCCACCAUCUUGCCCGCCUUUAACCCGCAGUGACUGUGGGUCAGCGCACUCUUGAGCCAUGAAGCUACUGAGCACAGCCGGGUCCUUCUCGAGAUUUUAUUCCCUCAAAGUUGCCCCCAAAAUUAAAGGUACAGUCGCCCCCACAGGAGUUACUCUACAUCCUCAGGACCUUGAGUUUACCAAAUUACCAAAUGGUUUGGUAAUUGCUUCUCUGGAAAACUAUGCUCCUGCAACAAGAAUUGGUUUGUUCAUCAGAGCAGGCAGUAGAUAUGAGGACUCCAACAAUUUAGGAACCUCUCAUCUGCUGCGUCUUGCAUCCACUUUAACUACGAAGGGUGCUUCGUCUUUCAAGAUAACCCGAGGAAUUGAAGCAGUUGGUGGCAAAUUAAGUGUGACUGCAACAAGGGAAAAUAUGGCAUAUACUGUGGAGUGCCUGCGGGAUGAUGUUGACAUUUUAAUGGAAUUCCUGCUCAAUGUCACCACAGCACCAGAAUUUCGUCGUUGGGAAGUGGCUGCCCUUCAGUCUCAGCUAAGAAUUGACAAAGCUGUGGCUUUUCAGAAUCCACAGGCUCGUCUCAUUGAAAAUUUGCAUGCUGCUGCUUACCGGAAUGCCUUGGCUAAUUCAUUGUAUUGCCCAGACUAUAGAAUUGGAAAAGUGACCUCAGAAGAGUUACAUCACUUCGUUCAGAACCAUUUUACAAGCACAAGAAUGGCUUUGAUUGGGCUUGGUGUGAGUCAUCCUGUUUUAAAGCAGGUUGCUGAACAGUUUCUCAACAUAAGGGCUGGGCUUGGUUCACCUGGUGCAAAGGCCACUUACCGUGGAGGUGAAAUUCGAGAACAAAAUGGAGACAGUCUUGUCCAUGCUGCUGUUGUAGCAGAAAGUGCUGCUAUAGGAAGUGCAGAAGCACGUGCAUUCAGUGUUCUUCAGCAUGUCCUUGGUGCUGGACCGCAUGUCAAGAGGGGCAGCAAUGCCACUAGCGUCUUGUACCAGGCUGUUGCCAAAGGAAAUCACCAGCCAUUUGAUGUUUGUGCAUUCAAUGCCAGUUACUUGGAUUCUGGUCUCUUUGGAAUUUACACURUCUCCCAGGCUGCAGCUGCUGGAGAUGUCAUCAAGGCUGCCUAUAACCAAGUAAAAACAAUUGCCCAAGGAAACCUUUCCAAUGCAGAUCUCCAGGCUGCCAAGGCUGCAAAGAAAUUUGUUUCUGGCCAGAAGUCAAUGGCAGCAAGUGGAAAUUUGGGGCAUACCCCUUUUGUUGACGAGUUGAAACACUGAAGCACAAACUGCAAGGGAGAGCACAGAACAUUUUCUCAUCCCAGAGCAGCAGACACAUGAAAGUCAAAAGUCUAUAAUUUAUCUUGUUUUUCUCAACUAAGUAAAAUAUCAUAAAACAUAAAUGCAAGUAAUUAAUGGAGUCAAUAAAACAUUCUGCUUAAAUG